AGUCACCUGACCGAGUCGUCAACGAACGCUGGCUUGAAUUCCGUGGUGUAAUCACAUUUAGCUCCAGGAUUUUGUUUCUACACGUGAAAACCGGUAUGGAGCCCCACUCCAUCACAAUUUUUCUCAAAAUUGUCACCCUCCUUGUUAUGAUUAUCUUCUGUGGACAAAUACUUGGAGGAGUCCUCAGGCUAAAUUGCCAAAAUACAAUCCUCCCUGGAAGAGCGACUGCUUCCUGCCGUCCCCACAAACACAUCAUGUUCCUGAAGACUCAUAAGACAGGCAGCAGCACUGUACUUAACAUGCUGUAUCGUUUUGGAGAUGAGAGGGGUCUAUGGUUUGCAUUACCCACAAGCGAUCAUUUUGGAUAUCCUAACUACUUCUCUGCCCAUCAUGUAAGGGGGUACCAGUCAGACAGUCAGCAGCAUUUUGACAUCCUUGCAAACCACAUGCGUUUCCAAAAAUCAGAGGUGGAAAAGGUUAUGCCCCCAGACACUUUCUACUUCUCCAUCAUGGGUGAUCCUGUUACCAUGGCCAAGUCAGCAUUUUCCUAUUUCAAGACCAUAUCUCCUGCCUUUUCUCAGGCAGAGAGUUUUCAUGCCUUUGUCUCCAAACCCUGGAAAUACUACAACCCUUAUGUUCAGUACAGCCAUUUUUCUCGCAACAUGAUGUGGUUUGAUUUCGGCUUUGACCACAAUGCCAACUACUCAGAAUCUCUGGCCAUGAAAGGCGAGUCUGUAAUCCGCAAGACAUUUAAUAUGAUCCUGCUUCUCGAGUACUUUGAUGAGUCACUAGUGUUGCUGCGACAUGCCCUCUGCUGGCCGAUGGAAGCCAUCAUUACUUUCAGCAUGAAUAUGCAGCAGUCAGGCAGCAAUGAGGAGAUGCUGCUGACUGAAAAUCAGGAGCGAAGGCUGCGAGACUGGAAUGCCCUGGAUUGGCACCUCUAUAAGGCCUUUAAUCAUACAUUCUGGGAAGAAGUUGAACGCUUUGGAGUGGCUCGUAUGGAGCAGGAACUGGUGAUUCUGCGGAACUUGCGAGCUAAACAGAUGCAAACUUGUCUGUUAGAGGAUGGUAAACUGGUAGAAAGCAAUAAGAUCAGCGAUGCUGACCUUAAGCCCUUCCAGACUGGUGUGAAGAAAAUUUUGGGCUACCAGCUGAAGCCUGACCUAGACAAUGCUACUCACAAAGCCUGUUUAAACAUGGUCAGGCCAGAAAUCCCAUAUAGGAAGCUGCUAGAAGCCAAACAGUCUCUGAGUGCUCCACCUUCUUUAGAAAAAAAUUCUAAAAUGUGAUACUAAAGUAUGAGAGUGCUUGGAACAGUUUUAUCUUAAGAUACAAAUUACUUGAAUUAGUGGAAACCUAGGUCUUCAUGAAAAUAAGAGAUUAAUUUCUUUCAUAUGAGAAAUAGCCUUUUACUGGUAGAGGUGUAGAAGUUAAACUUUUUCUGACAUUUUACUUCUAUUACUGUUUCUGAAUUUCUCCCUUACUUAGCAGUUGUAUUAUUUCUCUGUCCACACACUCCUGAUUUUGAUCAGAGCAACAUAUGUAUGCAACUACAUGAAGCGCAUUGUGACUGGUUGUUUACUUGUUAAUCAAAUUCAUAUAGUGAUUUGUGAAAUACCCUAACUACUGAUUUGAUACUGGUAGUAGUGAGAAGGUUGUGUUCAGAAUUGAAUACCUCAUUGCUUAGAUAGCAGAAGAACUUUACACCCUGAUACUUGAACUUUGAUAGUCUUCAAACCCUUUGUAUUUACCUUUAUUUAGCUCUUUUAUCCAAUCCAAUGUUUAACAAAUCAUUUCACUAACAGAGAAACACACACACACACACACACACACACACACACACACACACACACACAC